AUGGAACAGUCCUCCUUCUCCCUCCAAGAAAAAGAACAAAUUCUCUUAAAUUUCCUCCGAAAUGAACUACAAAUGAAAGCUGAAACAGAAUAUCAUGGUCCUUCCGAUACCGUCGAUGAUUGGAAGAGAGCUCUCAAUGGAAGAUAUUCCGAUACUGAACAAGUGAACUACAAGUUAUGCAAGAAUUUCUUUCUUCAUCAUAAAAAAAAGAAACAGCAAAAGUUUUACGGAGUUGCUUUGGCAGAUACAAUGGUAGAUAUGAAUAGCAUGUCUAAACAGCUUGGAUUGGGAUCUGGAAAUUUGAGAUUUGCUGAUCCUGAGGACUUGACGAGUUUUUUGGAUAUUCAGCCAGGUCAUGUUACACCAUUGUGUUUUCAUGUGUUACAUCCAAGUGUACAGAAACAAAGACCAGAUAUAUUGAGGAAAGGAAGUGAUGACUCACCAAGUGUGGUGGAAAAUAUGAAAACACUGACAAUUAUUAUUGAUGCUGCCUUGUUAAGGAAAAAUUCAAAUGCAUCAAGUACCAUGUUGCUUUUUCAUCCACUGCAUAACUCAGCAAGCACAGCGAUGAGUCAAGAGGAAUUUGUGAAAUUUAUGAAAUCAUGUUUUGGUGAAGAGGCUUGGAAACAAUUUAUUGUGUACGAUUUUGAAAACAAAACGAAAUUAUCGGUGCACGAUGUUGAUUUUAACUAA